GCACUUCUCUUAUUAUUAGGGGCCUGGGUGCUGCCUCAGCAUCCGAGGCUGUCACCAAGUUUGAGGCUGUCUCAGAACAUCUGGUUAACCAGCGUGUCACACUUACUGACGUUGUCAAAAUUCCCUCAGAAAGCGACCUCUAUCGUGGAAAGGUCCAGGAUGACGAGGUUCGAAAGAUGAUCCUGAAUAACUGUAGGCAGCUGAAACAUUCCAACCUCUUUGGGACUGUGUUCAUCCGACGUGACCUGACCUUCAACCAGAGAGCUGAGCUGCGAGCGAGGCGGUCUGCAGCGGGCGUGGCAGCUGGAGCUAAUGGUGCUGGGUCUUCUCAGCCUGCAUCUGAUGCCCCCUCCAUGCCUGCUGCUGGCAACCAACAGGAACCGAGCCCUGGAGCGGUCCCACCUACGGCUACCCCCUCUCCGCAGGUAUCUGAGAGGACAGAUGGCUCUGUUGUCUCAGCACCUGGCAACAACCAGCCCCGCCCUGUGGCAAACGAGUAGCCUCGGCUCCCUGCCAGGGCUCCAGUGGAUCUACUUUUAUUUUGAAGAUUGGCCAGGCUAAUGUUAACUCCCUUACCAGGAAGGUGCCAUUCGUUCAGGAAUUCCUUGUCGAUCAUGGACUUCACCUUCUUGCUAUUACAGAGUCUCAUCUGCUGCAUUCUAUGCCUGACAGUUUUAUUACCAUUCCAGGUUACCACAUUGUCCGGAACGAUACACCAGGAAGAUUCCCCAAACAUGGCGUGUGCCUCUACAUCCACAGCUCAGUGAAGUUUGAUGAAGUAAAUAAGCCAUAUCAGAAUGUGCUAGCGGUCCGCCUUCCUGAUUUUAACCUGCAUGUUGCAGUGGUAUAUCGGCCACCAUCCUCCUCCUUGGAGGACACAGCACACAUAUAUGACUUUCUGCUGGCCUUCUGUGGUGACAGGGAAGUCCUUCUUCUGGGGGACUUCAACUUACCUACGCUGUCCUGGGAGAGUUCUUGUCCGAUAUCUCACGCUUCCUCUUUUGACAGGCAAGGCUACGAAGUAUUCAUGUCUCUGGGGCUUACCCAGUGGGUUAUCGUGCCCACUUUCCCACGUUCGGGCAAUAUACUGGAUCUUGUCCUGUCCACAGACGCAGACAGAGUUGGAUCUGUUCAGGUACUCCCUCCCUUACCCGGGUGCGACCACUGCCCGAUACUAUGCACUUAUGUGUUUGACCUUGAGACGUCUCCUUCGCAGAUCGCCCCUGCUAAGUACCGGAAGUGGCAGAAAGGCAAAUACAACAUCCUAUCGCGUGCCUUAUACGAGGUUGACUGGGAUGCUGAGUUUACAGCGCUUGACAUCGGUGGCGCGUAUACCCGUUUCGUGAAUGUCCUGAUGCCCCUUGUUGAGGAAUGUGUUCCCCUUGCCCCACAACAGAUCUCAAACAGGCUGCCAUGGAAAACUAACCCUCCUCACAGGUUAAGGAACAGUAAAAAGGAAGCUUGGGCAAAGUAUAAGUCUGUCCGCCACCGCCUUGGCAAAAGCUCUGUCGCAGCAGAGGUAGCCUUGAGAGACUUUUUCAAGGCAAACAAGCAGCUAAGAUCAUUUGCUACUGAGUCUCAAGUCAACUACGAGCUUGAACUACUUAAUGAUCUUAAGACACAGCCCAAACGUUUUCAUGCUUACCUUCGCAGGAAGAAAGUUGGUUGUCCCGGAGUCGGCCCGCUACAGCUACCUGACGGGAGUCUCUCAGACGACCCAGAGUUGAUGGCUGAAGCUUUCGUCACUGCAUUUGCCAGUGUUUUCACACCCGCCCUGCACAGCCCUUCCCUUCGUCGCGGCCCAACUGAUCACCAGUCUGUAUCCAGCCAGAUGCCUCCACUCUACGUCAGUGCCCAGGACGUGCUCUCCUCCCUGCAGUGCCUGGAUGCUUUCUCUGCGGCGGGAGCGGACGAUAUCCACCCCUGCCUACUAAAAAGGUGUGCCUCAGCUUUAACUUACCCAUUAUUACUCCUCUUCCGCCAGUCGCUGAGGGAAGGCCGCUUGCCUGUCCAGUGGAAAUCGUCGGUAGUUGUGCCAAUUUUCAAAAAAGGCUCAAGGUACCAAGCCCUUAAUUAUCGCCCUAUUAGCCUGACCUCAGUAACAUGCAAGUGUCUAGAGCGAAUAAUCGCCCGCCACCUGACAGACUACCUCGAGAGCAACAAUAUCUUGUCUGACCACCAAUUCGGGUUUCGUGCAGGUCGCUCAACCAUGGACCAACUACUGCUGGUUUACGAUGACGUUUCCAGACACCUUGACAGGGGCGACACCGUUGACGUCAUCAUGUUUGACUUCUCCAAGGCCUUCGACGUAGUAUCUCACCCUAUUCUGCUCACCAAGUUACAUUUGCUAGGGAUCAAUACCCCCCUCAUCCGCUGGAUCGAGGACUUUCUUGUUGGUCGCCGCAUGUCAGUCCAGGUAAAGGGAAAGACAAGCAGCCAGCGCAACGUCUCGAGUGGCGUACCCCAGGGUUCUGUCCUCGGACCAAUUCUUUUUCUUAUUUUCGUCAACCAUGUCGCAAGUAACCUCCUCUGUCAGUAUAAAAUAUUUGCAGAUGACCUGAAGAUCUACAUGACAAUACGCCACGACAGUCCAGCUAACUACUGUCGUGAUUCACAGGCUUGUCAGAAGGACAUAACGAUGCUACAACGCACGGCAGAGUCCUGGUGUCUCUACUUAAAUCUGAAAAAAUGUGUGGUCAUCCGCUUUCAAAGAAGGUCCCAUGUCCUACCUCCCCCGUCCUAUCACUUAGACCAAACAUCGAUUCAGGUCGUGAAAUCCCACACUGAUCUCGGGGUUCUUAUUGAUUCUGACCUAAAGUUUCACCAGCAUGUGGCUUUGACAGUGCAAAAGGCUGCUGGCCUUACCCAAAACUUGUUAAGGUCAACUGUCUGCAGAUCCCCUGAUUUCAUGCUCACUUUAUUCAACACUCAUGUAAGACCCAUCAUGGAAUACUGCUCAUGUGUAUGGCACACUGCGUAUAUAGGGGACGUGCGCCUCCUCGAAUCUGUUCAACGCCGUUGGACUAAAAAGAUCUUAGGCAUGGGAGAGCUUGAUUAUAAAUCCCGGCUUAGGGCUCUGAACCAGUACUCGGUCCAGGGCAGACUUCUACGUGCCGAUCUGAUUCAAUAUUGGAAGAUUUUCCACGCAAAGUGUUGUAUAGAUGCCACUACCAUGUUCGAACUUGAUCCCUCGUCUAGUACCAGAGGCCACAUGUUCAAAAUCCGCCACACUCGAGCACAAACUGAUGUCAGGACCAGGUCCUUCAGCAAGCGUUGUAUCACCGCUUGGAACGCACUCCCUGACCAGGUCGUAGGUGAAUCCGACCUGAGCAGGUUCAAGGCCAUGUUGGCUGACUCGAUGGGUGAUGCCUUGUUCUCUUAUCAUAUGUGAUGGCUAUUGCGUUGACCUGUUUCCCCUAAUUUGUGUUUGCAUUAUUGUAUACGAUCUUUUAUUGUAUGUAUCAUGAAACUAUAGCAAAAUUCGUGUUUGUCACUAUGCAGGCUCUUGUUCCCGGCUUGGCAGCACCCCCUUGUGGUGUCUCCGCCGGGCGAGCCCUACGUUCGCGGGUUCCUUCCUCACGUAUCCUAUGCACAUCCUCUAUGCUGUACUCUGGAAGGCAGGGAACCCCCAACAGGUGAGCAGUUCACCACCAGCGUGCAGUCUGCACUGAGCAACUCAUCCAGUGAUGGAGGCUGACGGCACCCUGCCAGCAACACCCUGGAGAAGGGUCAUGGCGAUGGCAGUCUCAUCAGUUUGUCAGCAGGCGGGAUUUACCAGUAUCGAGCCGGCAGCACUCUCCUCACUCACAGAAAGCUUCAUCAGUGUGCUGAAGGAGCUGGGCCGGAGCAGCAAGGCGUACAGCGACCUGGCCUGCCGCAGCGACCUCGUCGUCGGCGACGUGGUUAUGGCGCUGGUCGACAACGGCUUCAACGUCGCCUCGAUCACGGAGUUCGCCAAGCGUCGUCAUCGUCCGACGCUGCCUACGCCGCUGCCGUCGGCGCCGACCAAGCAGCCGCCGACGCUGCAGGUCGGGGAGAAGCAGAACCACCCGGCCCACAUCCCCGACCACCUGCCCGCCUUCCCCGAUAGCCACGCCUACGUGCAGACGCCCACCCACAAGCAGCCCAUCACCAACUAUGAGGCCGUUCGAGAGCGGGCCGCCAGCCAGAAGCGGGAUAUGGAGCGGGCGCUCACCCGGUUCAUCGCCAAAACGGGCCCCGUCGAUAAACUGUUUGACUCAGACGAGCAGGCCCAGUUCCCGCUGAUCGCCUGUCGGUCGAUCGUCAACCCCUACCUCCAAGCGCUGGACCCUCGCGACCAGAUCUUCGAGGAGGAGGAGGCCUACGUGCCGCGCAAGAGAAAGAGCUCGCCGCAGGACGGGGCAGAGCAGGAGAGCAGCGCGCGCGAGCCGCCGCCACAGCAGCCGGAGGGUAUCGACAAUCCCUUCCUGAGGCCGCCAAAAAUGCCGCGCAAGCGCAAACUCUGAGCGCCGAUUGGGCUGGACUGUGAGAGUCGAGCUGUUAGCGGUGUUUUGCGUUGGGGAUGACUGUGUCGUGAAUCGGGACGAGGGCUACUAUGAUGUGUACUGGACACACGAAUUGUAAGUUCGUUUUGAUCUCGCUCGGUAAUAUUUCCCUUCGGUGGAGUUUAACUGCAGUUUUACAAGCGUUUGGGUCCUGAUACCGAUCUGGGUGACCGGAAAACACUGCACACUAGCUGAAUAGGUGUAAAAUUCCAGUAAAACACCCGUGUUUCUGGGUUAGAUGAUUGUUUUACGUCAUUGACGUGCAUGCAGACGGAAUGCGGGACGUGUUGGAUGCUGUAUCUCAUGCUCGCCGUUGAUUAUCUGAUGGAUGAAGCAGAUGGAUCGUGAAGAUAUUGCAUUGUACGUCCUGUAUUGCUCAUCUUCGUACGGAUGUUUCAUUAGAAAUUCAUUCGUGUAUAAUACAUAAUGCACAUUUUCUUGUA